AUGGGGCAAGGGCUGACCCUCCUGGUGUCCACAGCCCACACUCAGGAUGACCAUAGCUUGCUCUUCGGGGACUCUUCCGGGACAACGCCCAGCGCAGCAGACCGCGCCCCAGAACGGGCUGAGGAAGUCACCCAGUCUGAGCUGGCUCCUGAGUCACGUAGGCCUCAGCUCGACUCCGGAUGGGAAGCAGGUGGAGCCUAUACAGGGGUAUUUUCAUGGCAGCUGGAAAGGCUCCCUUGUUCCCCAAGUCUCUACCCUAACCCCGUGCACCUUCCAAGGAUCCAAACCAGAAAGACACCACUGUGGAAGUCACUGGUGUCCAAAGCAGGCCUUCUGGAAAGCUCCACGGCACAGUGCUCUACAAUUUUCACAGCCUCUUUCUUUUCAUGUAACCCUGGAGUAGACAGGGAUUGUAGCCCCAUCUUACAGCCCGGGAAACUGAGCCUCAGCAAGGAACAAGGCCUCAGCCAAAGCCUUGGUGUCCAAUGGCAGGACUGGAGCAGGCGCCCGGGCCAUCCGCCGGCAGGGUCCCCUGAUUUCUCUCUCUGGAGAAGGCCAAGGGCACGUGACAGUGCUGGCUUCACCCCUCUCACCUUCUGUGCACCAGGCCCAAGCGGAGGCAGGGAGCAUUAUCCCCUGCUUACAAACGAGACACUCAAGGCCACCGGAGCCCACCUCUGCGAGGCCUUCCUUGGGCCCCACCCCAUGUGGAUCCAUCAGAGUCAAGGUCCUUUCUCCGUAUUUGUGGAGCAACUGGACCAGCGCUCAUCGUGGGACAGAACCACCCCCUGCCUCGUAGCUGUCUCCUCUUCACUCCAGCAGCUAGCUCAGGCCGAGCUUUGCAGGUGCUCCAUAAAGUCUGGUGGAAAGAAAAAUAGUAGAUCCUAUUAACUGAACGUCUACGUAGAUCUGCUGCCCUGUCUGCUAGUGAUCCCCAUUGUACAAUAAAGGAAACUGAGUCUCAGGA